CCAAGUACGUAUACGGUAUGUAAACAAAACAAGACAGGGGAGUUGCAGGUGGAAGAGCUAGGAGAUCGCUACUGCGUACUUAAACAAUGAUUGCAUACAUAUAAGUAUGAACGUUGUCGUACUGCAGUCGUCGAUCCCCAAGAGUAUCAGAGACAAUAUUCCGAUCGUGUCCAGGACGAGGUUCUAACCAUUUCGGGGAUAUUCCGGAAACCCGUAUGUUGACUGAGUUAUCGAUGUCCGACUUUCCCAGUUGACACACAAUAACUAGAUUCAGCAAAAAUGUGGAAAAAAAUUCGUGAGUCAACAUCAGGGAUCAAUCUCAACUUUAUUUCUAGUUUGAUUCGUAAGCGAAGUUACGCCAAAUUCGAGACAGACGAGGAUGCAAGUAAACAUUUGAAUGGUCAUCUUCAUGAUGACCGAGACAGUGGCCAUCUCAAGCUUGACCAUAGGGACGAGGAGAACAACAAAGUUUCAUGGACGUCAAGUUCUUCUUCUAAACGUCGAGCUGACGCUACCGCCAGUAACAUGGUAGUCGACACAGGUUUCCGCAGAGUAGAAUUGAAGUGUUCUGACAAUAAUGGUAAUAAGAAUUCAAGGAGGCCUUACAACUCACGGCUAAGCGAACCCUUCAUGACUGAUUACGGUUCCACGAACAUGCAUGACGAUUCCAUUGAUUCAUCAUACGGUUACGGAAGUGAUACUUCAGACAGUGACGUCAUAGCACACCACGAGUUUUACGAAGCUCGAAAAAAUGGAGUUAAGACGCCAUCUUCGUUAAAGGAUGACGUAACAGAUUUUGUGCAUAGUUUGGUUCAAAAACGUUACCAAAAACUUGAUGAUUCAGCGGAUGAAUCAGAAGAUAUAGUCGAUUUUGAUCGACGGGUGUCGGAAAGUAACGGAAAUAGGCGACGUUCUGCACGUUCAGGAUCACGUGAUUCCGAUAAUCAAGUAUUCCAUAGCAUAAAGGACAUUACUCCAAAUUGGGAAGAUAAACCUAAGAAAUCCAAGAAGAGAAGAAAGAAUGCCAAGCGAGCGAGACGAGCCGUUCGUUUUGCCUGGAAGUGGACAAAGAGAGGGUUUAUGGGAUAUGCUGGUAACAUUGCGUCAGCAAGCAACUUCUUCACAAUAUCUCGUUCUGGGCCGUAUACUAACCGAAAGUACGCUCACCGGAAAUACAAAUGAAGGUCACCAAGGACGAAUCAGUGGAAACAGGGGGUACAAUGUAAACACGAGUGUGCAAAACAGUCACAUCGGAAAUGCUUUCUAUACGCCUUAGCACAAAACGUUGCCCCUGACUGUCAUACCACAAUUUGGUUUCGUCCAAUUUUCUCUGAAUGAGUUGUGAAACUGAAAUUUAUUCUGUUGUUUUAGGUCAAUGAAUUAUUUGGUUCCGAUAUACUUUAUCUUUUAGUCUUUAAACUUACACAAUUUCCAGAAAUCACCUGUUUCCGCCACUUUCCUCAGAGUUUGAUGGGAUAUUGAACUGAAAUCUGGCUAAUAGUUAAUAUAAGAAAAGAUGUAGAACAUUUUUUAAUUGGUUCUAGUCGACUUUUUUUUUAUUUGGA